UUUUACGAGUGUUUCAUUUUCAGUAAUUCAUCAAGUUUAAGUAACGUUUGGAAAAAAAUUAUUAGCGAAGUUCCAAUUUUGGUUUGUCAUUGUCGAGAAUUGGAAAUGGCUGAAAAGAUGUCUAACGUGCACGACAUAUUUCAUCCGAGUCCAGUAUCUCUGAAAGAACUAGCAGCGAUUGCUGUUAGCCUCGAAGCAUGGCGCCGUGAAAUGAACGAAUGUCGUCAGAAGCGUGGUACAAUGACCGGUUUUUUUCCAACUGCUGAACGUGUCUCGUUGAAAUCUCGACUGCCAGAUUUACCUUCUGUGAUUUUAACUUUGAUCAAAAAAUAUCUCACAGUAUUUGGAUAUUCGAUGGAACGUUGGCUCGUCGACCAUUAUAAAAGAGUUCAUUUUUGCUUCAAACAUCAAAACACUGUUUUGAGUUACUUCGAUGAUUUUGUAUGCGAUCAGUUUGGAAAGAUUGAUUACGUGAGGACAGCCAAACGUAUGAUACGUUGCGAUCAAUUUUCUGUUGAUGAAAAGUUCAGCAUCGCCUGCGCGUAUUUUUUCGAAGACGAUAUCGAACGACUUUGGCAAUCGGGAUCGAGAGAUAAUAUGGGCACCAAUGUGAGAAAUCUUCGGAUAUUCGCGUAUAGAGGACGGGACGCCGGACGUAGGAAGGCGUAUCGUAUUAAUUUUCACGAACACCCGCACUUGUAUUACUGGGUUUGCCGUCUCACAAAACAAUUAAAGAAGAUUCCAACCCAGGAGAAUAAUACCAUCGACGAUGAAAUGUUCGAUCGACGUAUUCCUCGUGUCGGGCCUUCGAUGACGUAUUUUUGGGAUCGUAUACCGAUGGAAAAUCGAACGAGAAAAGCCAUUAGUGUGGCAAAUAGUUGCGCGGAAUCUGUGGCUAGGUUCAUUUUACCAAAACUGGACGAUCAACAGCUCAGUGAAUUUGUAGACGAGGAAGGCGUUAAUUUGAUGCAUAAUUUAUGGAGAAACGUCGCUUAUUACGGUGAAAACCUUUUUCUGACAACUUGGUUGUACAUUGGAAACUUGAUGAAUGUAACCAAUUUUGCAAAUCUCGUUGUGAAAAUGACGGAAACUGCAUUCCACGCACCCGUCUAUAGUAAUUAUUUGUUUCGAGAGAUAUGGGACAGUACCCGGUCUGAUUUAAAACAGUCAGUGAUGAGAAAUAUUUCACGGGAAAUGUUGGAACCUGUGGGUUUCAAAAGUCAUGAAUGUUCACUUGACUUCGACAUGGAGUCCCUAUCGAUUAUUGCGCAGUGGACGUCUUCCGAAGAUAGAAUCGCGUUCUUGAGGGACUGCUGCCAUCUUUUAAUUGCGAUCAUUCCUCUCGAAGGUUUGCAACGAUUUAUGAAAUCGUUCUUUGAAAACGAAGAUGAACUUACUCAAUUCAAGCAAAACGUCAUGAUUGAGAACGAUCUUGUUUUAGACCACUGUGUUUCGCUUUUGUGGCGUUCUAGUUUCGAAAAGGUGAACAAAUUCGUGAGUUUUUGCUGUGCCGAUUCGCAAGCAGCGAGAAUUUUCAAACAGCGAUUACUACAGUCGGCUUUUCCUGUCGAAAAUGUCGAUAUUGACGAAGAUUGGGCAUAUUUUACAUUAUCUUACAGUAUCGUUGGUAAACCUAAAGAACUUAAUCAGUUCAUCGAUGAGGCUUACAACGACAUUGAUUUAUCCGCCAACUUCAAAAAUCAAUUCGUGUCGUCGUCGUAUAAUCAACUACAGUUAUGCAAGCUUGCCUGCUCGGGAAGUAUUUCUUUAGAAGAGCUUAUCAAGUUUAUUGACACAUUUGUUCCAACGGACCAAGUAUCGCAGUUCAAGUUGCAUAUGGUUGACGUUCUGAAAAAAGAUUAUAGUAGAAAUGCUGAUUCAUAUUCAACGCCCUGGAUAUCAUCUAAUUCAUCUCGUAGUGUUUAUGAAGUUAUGGAAGCACUUCUUCCGUUACUCGAUACUGAUAAAAGGAAGCUCCGAAUGAAGUAGACUCGAAGAAUGAAAACACGUCGUGGAAUAUUUUCUGAAUUCACUCUGAAAACCCGGUGAUAUCUUUACUUUAUUUGAAUUUAUAAUAAUUGACAAGUAAUAAAUUAAGAUGAAUUUUCAUGAAAUACUGCAGUAAAUUUUUUUGGGAAAAUUGCUUCCAUUUUUCAAUUACCUACUUGCAUUGAAAUCGAA